UGUGACCCAGGAUAUGAACCGAUGGGACAGUCCAGUUCUACCUGCCAAGGAGACAGAACAUGGAGUAGUAACGUGCCAUUAUGCAACGACGUUGAUGAGUGUUCAGCUGCAGUUGCCGGCUGUGAUCAAGUAUGUGCGAACACGAUUGGCAGCUUCCAGUGUUCCUGUGUUGGAGGAUUCAACCUGAACACCAAUGGCCUUUCCUGUGACGACAUCAACGAAUGUAUGCUUGCAAAUGGCGGGUGUCAGCAGAACUGUCAUAACAUCAUCGGAAGCUACUGGUGCACCUGUGGGACUGGUUACACCUUGAAUGUGGAUGGUCUGACAUGUUCCGACGUGGACGAAUGUUUUGCUGCCAGAGGUGGCUGUGAUCAGCUGUGCACCAACACUGUCGGCAGUUUCCUGUGUUCCUGUGGAGAUGGUUAUAGUUUGAAUGACGAUGGAUUUUAUUGUGAUGACGUUAAUGAGUGUGAAACUGCGAACGGUGGUUGUGGACAGAUUUGCGACAACCUGAUCGGAAGUUUCCAGUGCUCUUGUGGAGAUGGUUAUGCCUUAAAUAGUGAUGGUCUCGCUUGUGACGACCUGGACGAAUGCGUUUAUGCCAACGGCGGCUGUGAACAACUGUGUACCAAUAUCCCCGGGAGUUUCCAGUGUUCUUGUGGCCCUGGCUAUAAUUUGAGUGGCAAUGGGUUCUCUUGCGACGACGUGGAUGAGUGUAUGUCUUUAAAUGGUGGAUGUGAGCAGACCUGCACCAAUACUACUGGCAGUUUCCAGUGUUCCUGUUUAGUCGGUUUUAGCUUAAGUAGUGAUGGCUUUACUUGUGACGACGUGGAUGAAUGUACCAAUGCAAACGGUGGUUGUGACCAGAACUGCACCAAUAGCAUCGGGAGUUUCCUGUGUUCUUGUGAAACUGGCUACAGCCUGAACGCCGACGGGUUCUCCUGUGAUGAUAUCAACGAAUGUACAACGGAAAAUGGUGGCUGUGAGCAGAUGUGCAACAACACCAUUGGAAGUUUUCAGUGCUCCUGUCACAUUGGUUACGUGUUGAAUAUCGACGGCCUUACAUGUGAAGACAUAGAUGAAUGUAAUACCACCAAUGGCGGCUGUGCACAAAUUUGCAACAACACCAUCGGAAGUUUUGAGUGCCUCUGUCGUACCGGCUACAUUCUGAAUAUCAACGGACUCACCUGUGAUGAUAUUGACGAAUGUGACACAGCAAACGGAGACUGCGGACAGUUCUGCAAUAAUACUCUUGGUGGUUACAACUGCUACUGCGCAUCUGGGUAUAGUUUAGCUGUGGACCAGUUUGCCUGUGAUGGAUUCGACCCUGCUUCGAAUCUUUCCUGUUCGUUUACAACAACGACCUCCAUAUCCUUAACUUGGACCAAGCCAGUUGCUGACAUCAGGGGUUACAGUGUUACAUACAUACCUACAUCCGGAAUCUACCAGCCCUCACUGAUGACGUCUUUCCAGAGCCGUAACGACACCAGCGCGGUGAUAUCCAGCUUGUACAGCGGAGUCCAGUACUCCUUCACUGUUCUUGCCUUUGGGAUGUGGAAUGACAGCGCUAACGCCAGCGUAACGUGUAUAACUGAACUUCCUCCUCCUACAAACUUCAGUGUUAGUCGUGUCGGUGCGAAAUCAGUCACUGUGAGGUGGUUACUACCUGCUAGAGCAUUGGUGGUCGGUUACAAGGUGUGGGUAACAGACAAGGAAACGACUGUUGUAACUUCGAUACAGUAUGUACCUACAUCAGCGGUCUCUGCCACCUUCACAUCUCUAAUCCCCGCUACAGAGUACCUGGUGGCAGGGACGUGCGUCAAUUCACACAUCGCUGGACCACAAGCAAACGUAAUAGCUGUAACAGAUACCGAUGGUCCAAGAGAUUUGAUAAUCGAAGAUGUCAAGCCUAGUAGCUUGUUUCUUUCCUGGGUCUUGCCGGUUGCCAAGCUUACUGGAUACGAACUGACGUACGGCAGUGUACAACAACACAAGGAACGCCGAUCCACAGGUUCUCUCACCUUGCCUGGUAACACGGAUAGAUAUUUGCUGCAAGGACUUGUCCCUUCUACUCAAUACAUGGUCAGCUUGACGGCCAUCAGUCUUGUUGGGCGUUCUGAAAAAGUAUCCUUAACAGGUACAACAGCUACGGACCCACCGACUGAGCUGACGGUUAGGGACGCGUCCUCCACCUGGAUGUGUGUGAUGUGGACACCGCCUGUAGCAGCUGUUGUCGCCUAUGACCUCAAAGUAAUCGACGCUAUCAGCCAGGAGGAGAUACACUUCAGCAUACCCUAUACCAUAAUGGAGUUCAACAUAACGGGGCUCUUCCCAAAGACGAAGUACGUUGUCCGGAUUGCAGCCGUCAGCAUGUACGGACGUAGUGUGGAGGAUGGCAGCUUUGGAAGCACCGUUGCCAUGAGCGUUGACAAUACAGACACUGAUGCUUUAAGCUCAAAAGCCACUACAAUGGCACCAGCAGACAACACGAUAAAAGUCACCGCGUUCUGGUUGAAAAAUGUCGCUACCACUCCGCAAACAUCAGAAUCUACGCCAGAAUUAGACCCAUUUAUGCCUGGUCUGCUGGAGACGACAACAUCCAUUACAACUGAUUUCAAGCCCAUAACUGUGGCACCAACUUCACCAUCGGCAUCAGUUCAACAUAGCGACGGAGGGGAACAACAGAGUGCUGAAUUGAAACUAACUCCUCUUGAACAGAUACUGCGUUUGAAGGAUCGAAUUGACCAACAUGCUAACGAAGAGACUCUGAUAGAAAAUCUCAUCGAUAUCAUAACAACAGUCUCUACUUUGGUUGAAACGGUGGACUCAACACCGCCAUCAUCCGACUUUGUCCUCAUUUGGGAGGAAGCUAUAGAUCUGUUGAGCAAGUCAUCUGAACUGAUUAGAGCCACGCAAGGAUCCACAAAAACAACUAUGGAGAAGAUAAAUGACGCCAUAGCAACUACUGUGUCCAGUCUGGUACAGAUGACACCAACCCAAAACUACACUACUGUUGAUGACUCCGUAGAUCUGUUUGAAAUGGAUGUCAUAGAUGUGCACUCAGUGGACGUAUCACCAAAACAGCAGCUGAAGAACAUCAGGGACCAGCAGUUGACAUCUCAGCUUCAGCGUCGUGGAGCUGCAUUGUCUCUGAUGGAUUCCAUUGACCGAGCAGCAAACAGUCUUCUGGACAUUUUACCACAUAUGGAGGACUAUGCAACAACAUUUCAUAAAGAUGAGAUCGCCGUAGUGAUUGCAAGGUCCACCAAAAAUAGUAACGUCACCCUUCAAGCUGGCCAGGUUACCGUGUCAGCUUCUACAACAAACUGUUCAUCAGACGACAGUGCUGAUGUUAAGAUGGUAGUAAUGAAGAGGAAUCUAUUUUCCUGGGAUGCAUCUACCUCUAAAGAAAACGUCAUAACACCAGUGAGUAAGUUCUCCAUGAGAUCUCAACGCUGCUCUCUGCAGCUCAUAGUUACCAUACCGCUAACAUGGGAGACAGUUGUUGGGAGGCAGUACACAGCAGGCAAUGCCUUUGAUGAAUAUGGAAGCAACUUGGAUGAUGCUGCCACGGGUAGGAACAACAGGACAAUGGAUCUCCAUGCGUUUGAUGUUCAUUCUUCAACCCUGCCUGUCGUGAUGCGUUUGUAUUGGUGGGAUCGUGCUGCGACCUUCCGGAUGUUCUUUCGUUACGACACCACUCCAACACAGGAGCUGUAUGAUGACAUGAUAAUUGUUAACGACUGGGAAAAUGUUGCGUUGCAUCGAGGCACAAACAUCUUGGCAACGUUUACUCCAAAUAUCCAGAGAAAACAGGGGAGACUUUAUGUUGGGAUACAAAAAUCAGCACAUCGACCCGAAGAUUACGUACUCCAGGCAUCAACACUGGGUUGUGUCAACUGGAAUCAUGCAACAGAGAAGUGGCAAGACACAAACUGUGCGGUCCAAGUGGAUCUAUCCGAUAGUUUCAUCAGAUGUAACUGCAGCUUCCGAAGUGCGAAGGCUGCCAUUGCCGGCUCCUUACACCUCAUUCCGAAUUUCAUUGAUUUCGACAACGUCUUCGGGAAGCCCGACAGCCUUCAUGAAAACGGUGUUGUUUUCUACACUGUCAUCAGCGAGUGGGCUCUCUAUCUUCUAAUGAUCAUCAUCUUCAAUGUGGACUUUCAGCGUCUUCGAGAAAAGACGAGAGGAAGAAACCUCAGAAGGAGAAAGCAGCUACCACAGUUGUCCGUCCUUCUACCGAACAGGAUGCCGGCCCAAUAUCUGUACCAGAUUACGGUCACCACCGGCUCCAUGUUUGGGGCUGGAACAUCGGCACGAAUCGGGUUCCAGUUAUUUGGAUCAAACAGCACAACAGUAGUCAAAGUGAUCAACCCCGGUGGAGAAUCCUUGGUACGAGGUGGUACUUACGACCUCAUCAUGCCCCUAAAGACGUCACUAGGACAUCUGGAACUACUGCAAAUCUGGCACGACAACACCGGUGCUGAUGAAGCCUCGUGGUUUCUGAGGGACAUGAUUGUCAAGGAUUUACACACAGACCAAGUGUAUCGAUUCAUCUGUUAUGAUUGGCUGUCUGACGUCAGAAGUGACGGACUGGUUCAAAGGGUUGUGCAAGUUGCGACCCAGGAACAGCUGCAGUGUUUCAGUAGCCUCUUCAGAGAGAACACGGAUGCAGCGUUCUACGAUCAACAUUUGUGGAUAUCCCCCCUUGUGUCGCCUGAAGGGUCGAGAUUUUCCAAGGCAGAACGUCUGUCCUGCUGCUGGGCUGUCUUCAACAGCAUCAUGCUGGCCAGCGCCAUGUGGUACAACAGUGGCAGCAGGGUGACCAUCAGCAACACUGUGUAUGAUCUGGAAUUUGUACAGUUCACCCUACAAGAGCUGUACGUCAGUGUUAUGACUACUCUCAUGGUGGUUCCUGUUGCCUUGGUACCGGUUCAACUGUUCCGGCUGGAGAUACCAGCCCCCGUCACAGUACUAGGCAUGCGAUGCCGUCCUAAACAUGGGUUGUUUGGGGAUCGACUGUCCCGUUGGUCAAAGUAUGUGGCGUGGUUACUGGUGGUGACGGUGUCCAUCGUGUCGUCGUUCUUCGUCACCCUGUACAGUCUGGACUGGGGCAGGCAGAAGAGUGAAGCCUGGCUGAAGACCUUCUUUUUGUCAUUCAGCUUAUCAAGCCUCGUCACAGAGACUGGCCAGAUUUUCGUCAUCGCGAUCCUCGCUUCCUUGAUUUGCACCAAGCGAGCUACAAAACAGAAGACGUAUGAUGUCAACAAGGCAGAACUGCACCAGCGACUUUUGGACCACAAAGCCCCACAGAGGAUGUACCCACCUAAGGCUGCUUCUGUACAAAGUAUGCAAAAUAAGAGUAAACAACGGCGUCAGUUUUACCACGUUCUGAAGGACUUUGGUCUCCUGUUUCUGUUUGUCGCGGUGCUUUUUUACAUCAGCCACCACGAUAAAGAGCCGUUUGCUUUCCACGCAUCGCAGAUGUUGACAAACACGCUCUUGGAAGAUUUCGAUCAGAUCACCACUGCUGACGAGUUCUGGACAUGGACUGAGGAGAUCCUUCUGCCUGUUUUGUACCCUUCGUUUUGGUACAAUGGGUGGAAGAUGAAGUACCUGGACAGACAGUUUCCACUUUAUACUGAAGCCUUCAGAAUCGGUCCGCCACUCCUCACUCAGUUAAGGGAGGAACCAGAAGAAUCACAACACUUUCAAAAUGGUUGGGUGGUUGCAACCGGAAAUGCCACAUCUGCAUGUUGGCAAUUCAAUGUCAGCGACAUAAUGUCAGACAACCCAGACUGUGCCUUACAGUACACCACGGAGAUUCCAAUCGCUUUCUCUGUGGCAACAUCGAUCUUCUCCAAGCUCCAGCAGAACCAGUGGAUUGACGAAUACACCCAGCAUCUGACAUUCCAGCUAUCAUUUUACCACCCGUCUCUGAAGCUAUUCAGCAGAGUAAGAAUGACAGUACGUCAGGAAGACAUCGGUCAUCUUUCUACAUCUGCAACUGUUGAAACACACAGGCUGUUUCAGUAUGAAAAUACUUCCGACUACGGCAUGAUGGUUGUUCACGUCGUCUUCGUGAUUUUGUUUCUGGUUCACUUCAUCAAGCAGGUGGUAGGCAUCAAGAGAGAAGGAAGAAAGCAUUUCCGCUGUCUCUGGAAUGCGUUUGCUCUUCUAAGCAUUGUAGGAUCUUCAACUGUCAUCUGUACCUUUGGAAUAAGGUACCACUUUGCAUCUGCAGCGCUAAGAAACAUAAUCGAGGCUACAGGUGAACUUGGAAUAGAACAGUUUGUAGAUUUUAGCUCCACAUUCUGGUGGGAUGACGUUUUCAAGCACCUGUUGGCCGUUGUGGUCUUCAUCACUACGUUGACGUUACUCCGGAGCGUCCGCUUUAGCAAGACCAUCGCCAGUUUCCUCGCCCUGCCGGGGGCCAUGAAGAAUGACCUGCUGAGUUUCACAGUUACAGGCAUCAUAGUCUUCAUGGCCUUUACCUGCUCAGGACUUGUGGUGUUUGGAACACAUUUGCUGACAUACAGCAAUGUCUUGGACACGAUGCUGGCCUUAUUUGAGAUGCUAAUGGGAAGAUUCUUUGCUGAUGAAAUCUUGGAGGCAAAUCCAGUUGUUGGCCCGAUCUUCUUCACUUUGUUCAUGAUAUGCAUCUUCAUAAUCCUCAUCAACUUUUUGGUAACCAUCAUCUGUGAUGCUAUUGCAUCCCGUGCAUCCGUUGAUGAUGACUAUGACCAGGAAUUGGUUGAUUACGUAUGGAAAAGCUUCAAAGACAUUUUCGGAGUGUACCUGUCACCAAAGACUGGUGUACGAACAGAUGAGGUAAAACGUGCUGAUGUAGGUACCAAUUUGCGAAUGAUAGAGGAAUCUUUGAACGAAAUCUCAGACGUUACACGCUGCCUGUGGGCCAACAAUACAAAUGGAAGUCCUUCCUCCACACAACAACGCCCCAACGUGCCAUUACAAGGAACAUCCAAGCAAAUAUCUGCGUCACCGCAAACUUCAGCCGCAUUCAGCAUCCAGGAACAGGUUCAAAAUAUCCUCGAAGCUCACGAAGACGAUCAGCUAAAACUUGAGGAGGCACAGAAAUUAAGCAGGCGACGUGCCAAGGCGAUGCUGAAGAGGAAACUGACUGAAAGGAGGAUGCAAAAGAAAGAUUUGAAGAAAAGCAUUUCCGAAAAGGAAACCGUCUUGGAGAAUGUCCAAAUGCUGAUAGAACAACACGAUGCGGAUGAGGGAAGGCUGGAGCAGCGGCAGAGUAGGGCAAGGCGCCAGUUUGAGAGUACACUGCGACAAAAGAUUGCAAUACGACGCAUGCAAAAAAAGAACAAUGCCGAGUUUUAACAAGUAAUGUUAUAUGGCUGUGUUGAACAUUAAUUUUUUUACCGCCAAGACCAUGCUUCAUCUGCUGAUUUCAUUAUUUGUUUAUUUUUCAUUAUUAAAACGAUCAGGUCCUGUUUGGUACAACGUUUCCACCAGCUACAGAACUGUUUCCAGAAUUUUGAACAUCUAUACCAUCUGCUUUAGUCAUGAUCCCUAUAUCGAGCACUCAAUGGUUAGCGCUAUAUGGCGGUAGACUGCAGAGUCCUUAAUAGCUAACUGAUAGAUAGCAAUUAUUAAAUUGAUGAAUUUAUGAAUUUGUACAUACAAUAGAACCCUAUAAGUCACUUAUAUAUUAUAUUCCAGAAUAUUGAUGAUAACGUUUGAGUAUUCAUUUUAACAAAUUUUAAAGUUUUAGCUUUAUUAUUGCUUUUUAUAGAAUUGCAAUGUAAUUUUAAUGUUA